AUUACAAAUUAAGAUUUGUAUGUUUGUACUAUCUACAUAUAUAGUUACCGACUGUGGCUUUUUCUUUUGGUGCAAAACCGAUUUAUUAUCACUAAUUUUCUGCCAUAAAAAGGUGUCUAAAUGGAGGUGACGGAUGAACUAAUCAGUGACAUGGUUCGAGUUAAGGUUGGGAGUUGGACGAAAGACGAUGUUGGGGUUUGGAGAUUCUCUCCCGCGGAGGGACAAGUUGGAAAGAACAUUCGGUUCCGAGAAGGCGAUGGUGUGGAAGCAGCUAAGACGAAGGUCGUAGCCGAGUUUAACAUCGACCGGGAGAGAGAGAAGGUGGAGCUGACUUACGAAAUGCCUGAAUGGAUGGACGUCGACGGUGGUGUCAAACCUGUGCCGAUUCACAUAGUGUCAGACGACGACAUGGACAUGUUCCUGGCGAUGCGUGUAGACUUACACGAAAUGAAGCUGUAUGUCGUUCCGAUGCCGAUGAAUAUGAGGCUCGAGAUAGAUGGCUUCAAAAUGGUACCUUUGAUAGACGAGUUUGCGUUUAGUGAGGUCAUGAGUAAGGAGGAGUUCGCUAAAGAAAACAGACGGAGGCUUGACAAAGAGGCCGGCGACAACAUAAUCUGCUCUCAAGUACCGAGGGAACACAUAGGAGACAGCGGGGAUGGACCCCUAGGGUGGAUAGGGGGUUCUUACGCAGCAAGCGGAUUUCCUACGCUUUCGGCAGCUUGUAGACAUUACAAAGCGGCUUCCGAGGCGGUUCAGUAUCAUGGAUCACCGGCCAGUGUUCUGGAACCUCAGGGAAGCUCAUCCUCCGACGAUAACCGUGUCACAAGAUUGACAAGAGAUUUGUUCUCGGAUUUUGAAAGAGCUGCGACUUCAAGCGGAGAUGUACGCAGCCCAUCGGAAACACAAGCCGCCGGAGAAGGACAGGGCGAUGGAGCUGAGCUAAACAAUGGGAAUGAGGUUAUCCCUAACAGUAACACAGAGCAGCAGAAUGAACCACCCGAAACUGGGAUGUUAAGGUUGCUAAGCCUUCCUGUACACACUUUUGCGAGGGACGCAGCCCCCGUGUUAGACGAGAACGACCCAGAUGGUUCAGAAAGAACAAGACUUGUCGUGCUGGAUGUUGACUACGAAGGGGACGAGUUAUUCGUGGGACGCGUGUUCAAGAACAGAGAUGACUGCAGAGUCAAACUCGCUGUCCAUGCUAUCAACCGGAAAUUUAGUUAUCGUAAUGACCGCACCACCAACGACGUGGUGAUUGUACGAUGCUUAUCCGAUGCUUGCCCCUGGAGAGUGUAUUGUGUGCGGCUGGAGGACACAGAUUACUUUGAAGUCAGAACAGCUACAUUGGAACAUACCUGUCCAAUCGAAGUUAGGAGCCAAUACCCCCGGCAGGCAACUACUUCAGUGAUUUCGCAAAUAAUGAAGUCAAAGUACACGGGCGCCGGGACGGGCCCGACACCGAUAGCUAUAAGGCAAGCUCUAAUGGAUGAAUAUAGUGUUAACGUGUCGUACUGGAAGGCUUGGCGUUCAAGGGAGCUGGCAAUGGACAUGGCCAAAGGAACACCGAUGGGGAGUUACGGCAUUCUACCAUCGUACCUACACAUGUUAACAAGGGCAAACACUGGGACCGUUACUGACUUGCACACAGAGGAGGACGGAAACGGCGACAGUAGGUUCAAAUACUGCUUUGUCGCUCUUGGGGCAAGUGUGUACCCAAGAGCAAGCCACGGGGCUUGUAUCGUACAUCUGCAGAGGAAUGUUGCUGCAAAGUUUAAGAAGAGGAUACUUGCUACCCUCAUUUCGAAAGCGGCAAGAGCAUUCCGGAAAUCAACAUUCAACGAGUAUUUUGAGGAAAUAGAGAGGGUUUCACCUGGCUGCGCCGAGUAUUUGAUGUCAAUUGGUCUUGAGCAUUGGACUAGGUCACAUUGCUAUGGGGAUAGAUACAACAUCAUGACUUCUAACGUGGCUGAAUCAUUAAAUGCAGUUUUAAAGGAAGCAAGAGAGCUACCUAUCGUGUCUACGCUAGAGUACAUUAGAGGGACUCUAAUGACGUGGUUUGAGAAACGUCGGGGAAAAGCAGCGCAACACAAGAUGGACCUGACCCCGAAGGUUGAGGAAAUAGUGCAAAGGAACUACGAACGAUCAACCUGCUAUGAAGUAAUCAAGAUCAAUAACGAGCAUUACGAGAUCAAGACAACAACUGGUCUAUCUUAUCUUGUGGAUAUCCAAAAUAAGACUUGCACAUGCGCAGAAUUCAACUUGCUAAGGAUCCCUUGCAGCCACGCAAUUGCAGCAGCAGUUCGUUGUGAUUUGAAGGUGCCUCUACUGGCGGCACCGCAAUAUGGGACAUUCUUCUGGAGUCUUGCUUACAAUGGAAAUAUCAAUCCCGUACCCGACUUAAGCACGCUACGUGAGGUUCCAGAUGGGAUAGCAACAAGGACGGUUCUACCGCCAAUAACACGAAGGCCACCAGGUAGGCCAAAGCGUACUAGAUACCUUUCAACUGGAGAAUUUAAGACGCCGAAGAAGAAGGCGAAGCGGAGCUGGGAGGAGAUGAGUGAAAUGUCGGAAGGGGGAUCUAGCUCAACAACAAGAGGUAAGAGCUCUGUAUUGGAGGAUGGCGUCUACGAAUGCGACUGCGGGAAGGCGGCGCUAGUCCGACAAUCAUGGACAGACGCAAAUCCAGGUAGGCGAUUCUAUAGGUACGGAGCCGGUUGGAAAAACAUCUGCAACUACUUUCGGUGGCGCGAUCUUGAGAAACCACAUGGAUGGCAGAAAAUAGCACUUUUGGAAGCAAGGGACUUGAUAAAGUCACAAGCAGAGGAGCUUACAAAGCUUAGAGCGAUUGUUGGGGGCCAAGAAGCAAGGAACACAGAGGACGAAGGGAGCGAGCUCCUUCGUAGGUUGGAAGACAUGGAAAAGGAGAAUAUGGCUCUACGAAGUUAUGUGAAGGCAAGCGCGGCGAAGGAUCAAACCAUCCGUCAGGUGGUCAUUAUCUCUUGGAUAGGUUUUGCUUGUGUCGUGGCAACAAUAGUUCAUGCAUUAAAGUAGCAAAACAUUUGGACCAUCGCUAUCAUCAUCAUUCCUAGCUUGCUGAAUUCUAAAGUUUGUACUAUGUUAAUCUUCGUAUGAAUGUAUGACAAAAACUCUUGGUUAGCUAUCUAUCAAACUUAUAAUUCUGAUACCAUGUAUCUAUGGAUAGGUACAUAUAUCCAUAAAUAUCCUGCUCCGGU